UGGCAUGUUUCCAAGCGGAAACGUCGAAAUAAAGACGCGCCGGUAAACAAACGAGUCAAGCGAUAAUCGCUAGUUUCGCAUGCUGUGUUACCAAAACGAACGCUUAUAAGUGUUUUCAACGGACUGCACGUGCCGCCUUUUUCCAUAUCAUCAGCUUCAGAAAGCUACAGAAGUAUACCCCAAUUCUUCGACAUUAGUGUGCAUACAGUAAGCAAUGUCGGGCAUAUUAUUUGAGGACAUUUUCAACGUGAAAGAUAUGGACCCGGAAGGCAAAAAAUUUGAUCGAGUCAGUCGGUUGCAUUGCGAAUCAGAGUCGUUCAAAAUGGAUCUUAUAUUAGACAUCAAUUCGUGGUUGUAUCCGAUGGAACUGGGAGACAAAUUCCGCCUUGUUCUGGCCACAACGUUACACGAGGACGGUACAGCAGCGAGUAUGGAAUAUAACGCUGCGGAAAUCGAAGGAUCUCGGGCUGAUAGCUUCGAAUACGUGAUGUUCGGGAAAGUUUACAGGAUCGAGGGAGAUGAUUCACAGACGGAAUCUUCCAACCGGCUAUCCGCAUACGUUUCCUUUGGUGGUCUGUUAAUGAGGCUACAAGGUGAUGCAAACAAUUUACAUGGGUUCGAAAUCGAUCAAAAUAUGUUUUUGUUAAUGAAAAAGUUGGCAUUUUAAGCUCCCUAUCAUGAAACGUACACAAUGGAUUUGUGUGAAAUACAAACAUAUUUCGUUAUUGAUCGCACGCUUUUUUACUCUUAUUUUAUGAUGGCAAAUACUAUUCAAAAUUAACAGUUAUUAAUAAAAUAACUAAGAGAAUGAACUAGAGGGUAAUACUAUAUAUGGUAUGUCGAACAAAUAUGUACACUUUUAGAU